GGAUUUGAGGAACCACUUCCGGUUUUAUGCGGGGCACAUACUAGGAUUUCAGCCGCCACUUGACACAGCAUGAUUUAAGCAGUUUGCCAUUCAUUUCUGCCGCCGGGGAAAGGAGCGGUGACCUGCCACCUGCACCGGUGGACGUUUUAUGCGAAGAAGCGCCAGCCUUCCAAGCAAGCAGCGCUUGUUCAGACGUGGAGCUGUGAUGUCACGGAUCUUACCAUUUGCACGGUGACAGGUGCCUGUGUGACACACGAUCAAGCUACUCGCUCUUCUUUUUGAUCAUCGCUGUUCCAGGUGAAGCCAUGCCUGUCUCCCUGCUGUGGGCGGUGGACGUGUACGGGCGCGUCUACAGCCUGUCCACCGCGGGACAGCAGUGGGAGCAGUGCCGCAUUUCCCAGAUGGAGUUCAAGCGGGUGACGGCAGCCCAGACGUGCUGCUGGGGCAUUGCGUGUGACAACAGCGUCUACCUGAACGUCCACGCGUCUGACCUGCCCAUCCGCUACCAGGAGGACACCUACGAGAAUCAGAGAUGGAAUCCCGUUGAUGGUUUCUCAGACCGCUUGCUACCAAGUGACCGUUGGCAAUGGAGCGACUCUUCAGGGCUGCAACAUCAACCCCUGAACGGCUUCCAGCUCCCCUCCAGCACCUGGGAGUGGGAGGGAGACUGGUAUGUGGAUGAAAACCUUGAGGGAGAGCCCACAGAGAAAGAGGGUUGGACGUACGCCAUGGAUUUUCCUGCCGCCUACACCAAAGACAAGAAGUGGAACUCGUGUGUCCGUCGCAGGCGGUGGCUCCGCUACAGGAGGUACAAAGCCAUGGACACCUGGGCCAAGGAUGAACCCGGACACAGCACACACACACAGAGCAAGUUCUUUAAAAUCCCCUCACAGCAGACAACUCUACCAGACCCCUUUAGUGACAUCAGCUGUGGAGGCUGGGAGAUCAGUGAGGAGCCCGGGGGCCGGCUGUCUCUGUGGGCCGUGUCCCUGCAAGGAAAGGUGUGGUUCAGAGAAGGAAUCUCUCACCACAACCCUGAGGGAUCUUCAUGGGUGGAGGUGCCUCUCCCCGGAGAAGUGGUCCAGAUCAGCUGCGGCCCUGGGGACCUGGUCUGGGCCGUGCUUUGGGAGGGGCAACUACUUGUCAGGGAGGGCAUUAGUCGAGACAACUCGAAAGGUACUUCCUGGGCAGUGGUGGAGUCUCCGAACCCCGAGGUGGGAGCUAUACAUGUGGCUGUGGGAGUGAAUGUAGUCUGGGCUGUGACUAAAGAUAACAAAGUGUGGUUUAGGCGAGGUGUGAAUUCUCACAACCCCUGCGGUUCUGGGUGGAUCAGCAUGGUUGGAGAGAUGGCCAUGAUCAACGUUGGACUGAACGACCAGGUGUGGGCUAUUGGCUGUGAGGACCGGGUUGUAUAUUUCAGACAGGGGAUCACCUCCAGCGAACUGAGUGGUAAAACCUGGAAGGCCAUCAAUGUUCCUAGAGACGGGGAUCGGUCCCACUCCAGUGCGAGUGCAAGCAGUCUACAUAGCGCUGGUUGCUUUUUUUCUGGUGAGGUGCGGGCUCCAUCAGUAGCAAGCGAUGCUGAAUUAGACAUAGAACAUCCCCCCGGUGAUGGAGCCAUCAGCAAUGCACCAUUGCAUUGCCCAGAACCCUGUGUAGAUGCCCACAAAAACACUUCAUCAGAACUGUGCAUCGAGCCGCUUAAGCCCCACAUCCCCAAGGUCACAAGCGACAGCUUCAUCUCUGAACUCGUCUCCGACAGAAAACCGGCAAAGACUGAUGCUGAAUCAGUCUCUUCUGCCGUCUUGGAGGAGGAGGUUGUCCCUGGAGAAGGAGAGGUCAAUGUUCUGUGUAGUGAUGCCAUUACCUCUACUCAGUCAGGUGGUCCUCCUGAUCCCCAGUGGAGUAACGUAGAUCUGGAGGAAGCACAGAUCCAGCACGUUCAAACGGGGGCUGUGCCAGACUCUGCCGACUCCUGCAGUUUGUCAUCGGUAGCAACCUACACCCUCGCCUUGGAGGAUCAGUAUGGGGCGGACGAGCACCCUCUGUGGGCCUGGGUCAGCGGAGGAGGCUGCUCUGUGGACAGUCACUCUCAACUCAACUGGUUUAACUGCCCAUUGAACACAUCUAUGCUUCAGUCGGUCCAGUCCAUGAGUCUGUCGGUGUCUCCUGCACAGACGGCUGCUUGGCGGAAACAAAUCUUUGAGCAGCUCACUGAAAGGUCCAAGAGAGAGAUGGAUAAUUUCAGGCAUUAUGAACAAGCCAUUGAACAGUCGGUGUGGGUGAAGAAAGGAGCCAUGCAGUGGUGGAGAGACUGGAAGCCGCAUAAGUGGAUUGAUGUUCACUUUGCCCUGGAACAGUUUUCAGGAGCUGACGGCAACAAGGAUGGGAUUUUAUUCAUUUAUUACAAUUACCACGAGGAGAAGAAGUACCUUCAUGCCUUCAUUAACGAAGUGACCAUCCUGGUUCCUGUGCUGAAUCACUCCAAGCACACGUUUGCCAUCUACACUCCUGAACGUACCAAACAGAGGUGGCCGAUAAGAUUGGCAGCUGCCACAGAGCUGGAGAUGUAUGACUGGCUGGCGUUGUUGAGUGUUUCCUGCUGUGACUCCAGAGGGAUCCAUGGUCCUCCAUCCAAGCAGGCAAUCUGGUCCAUCACCUGUAAAGGGGACAUCUUUGUCAGCGAGCCCUCCUCGGCUCUGGAAGCCACGCCUUACCCUACACCCUGUGAUCAAAUGUUCUGGCGGCAGGUUGGGGGCCACCUGCGUUUAGUGGAUUGUAACAGCCUGGGGAUAGUGUGGGGCAUCGGCUAUGACCACACUGCCUGGGUCUACUCUGGAGGCUAUGGAGGAGGCUUUUUCCAGGGGUUGGCCAGCAGCACAGAUAAUAUCUACACACAGACUGACACCAAGAGCGUUUACAUCUAUGAGAACCAGAGGUGGAACCCUGUUACUGGCUACACAACCAGAGGCCUUCCAACAGACCGCUACAUGUGGAGUGACGCUUCAGGAUUACACGAGUGCACUAAGACUGGUACAAAACCACCUUCUCCUCAUUGGACGUGGGUGUCUGACUGGGCUAUUGACUACAGUGUUUCCGGGGGAACAGACAGAGAGGGCUGGCAGUAUGCUGCAGAUUUUCCAGCGUCCUAUCACGGCUUUAAAACCAUGAAGGACUUUGUGCGGCGCAGGCGAUGGGCCAGGAAAUGUAAACUGACAACAACCGGACCUUGGCAAGAAAUUCCACCAAUCCAACUGAGUGAUGUCACAAUCCUGCCUUGUAGCGCUCAGAGCAGCGUAGAUGUAGUUCCUCUUUGGGCGAUCAGCAACAAAGGAGAUGUCCUGUGUAGAAUGGGAGUCACCCUACUGACACCUGCUGGAACCUCAUGGCUUCACGUGGGGACAGACCAGCCUUUCAAGUCCAUCUCCAUCGGAGCUGCCAGCCAGGUUUGGGGCGUCGCCAGGGACGGUUCCGCCUUCUAUCGGGGGUCGGUCUCAGCACAAAGCCCAGCAGGGGACUGCUGGUACCACAUCCCGUCUCCAGCCAAACAAAAGCUGAAGCAGGUGUCCGUGGGCAGAACAUCAGUUUACACUGUGGACGAAAACGGGAACCUGUGGUACAGACAGGGAGUGACCCCCAGCUACCCUCAGGGCUCCUCCUGGGAGCACAUCUCAAACAAUGUGCGCAAAGUCUCUGUAGGACCCUUGGAUCAGGUAUGGAUCAUAGCAGACAAGGUUCAGGGCAGCCACAGUCUGAGCUGCGGGACAGUGUGCCAUCGACUCGGAGUCCAACCCAUGGACCCCAAGGGACAGUCGUGGGAUUAUGGCAUCGGGGGCGGAUGGGACCAUAUCACAAUAAGAGGAAACUCCAUGGAGCCAUCACGCAUCUGUCUUUCCUCCAUGACAGACCCAUCUCCCCAAGCCCCUCGCGGCCCCCUCCCAGUCAGGAGCACAGAGAGCAGCAGCCCCCUGAGCUCUUAAUCUCACCAUGUAGCCGUCAAACACCAGGAUACCUCUGGGUUCCACUCGGUUUAACAUGAACCUUCAGGUUUACAGUUGUGGGCAGUAUUGUAGUAUUCAGACGAGCUGAGCCAGUCUUAUAUUUUACUAGAUAUUUACUUCUAUAAAUGCAUUUUCUGCAGUAGAUCAAAAUGGGAUUUAUUUAUUUUGUGUGUUGGUGUGCGUUUUUUUGUACCAAUCUCCCCAUGUCGAGUCAAUGUGACGAUAAAAAAAAAAUGUGUGGGCCACCACCUACCCUACAGAGUUUCUGUUGGAUUUCCCAACUGAACUCGGGCCAUUUUCCUCUCAUGAUAUCAUUCUUUCGUUGGUUUGGAUGUAUUCUAGGGCGACUGUAAUGUCGAAAAUCUAAAUCUGUCUGCAUUCUAGGCUAUCUAGGAGACAGCUGAAGGUUUUGGGCCAUAACCGACUGGUAUGUGGCGUUCUUUUCUAAUGACCUCGGCUAAAACCUGUCUUGUAUGUUCGGUAAAGUAAGCUCAGAGUAUGAUGCUGCCACUAGCGUUUUUAACCUGGGUAUGCUGCUGUCCUGGAUGAAAAGAAGAGAAAUCUGUAGUGCAACCCUACUCCAACCUGGCAAAAUGGCCCGAUUUUUCCAUUCACAUCACUGUUCCCUAUUCUCUGCUGUUAUUGAGCUGCUAUCACUGUUCCGUGGUACACAUAUGAUGCUGUGGACCUUUUGUACCCUUUUACUUAAUGCUUUUGUACAAUAAGACUCUUGUGAACCUUUGCAACACCUCUGGAAGUUGCGCCUUUAGCUAAAGGAUGCCGUGAACAUCCUGUGUGGAACGGCAAGCCUAAUUUCAGAUGGAACAGAUUUAAUGUAGUCGAUAGCAGAUGUGAACUCAAGAGGACUGAUUGCUGCAACUGAAACAAAAGUUAAUUGAAAAGAAGUUGAAAAUCUGUCAUUUAUUCUACCAGGUUUUUGCAGCUUUUACAUUCUUUCUUGUAAUAUAGUCGUUUUUCCAUUUGAAUUAGACAGAAUAUAUGUUGUAUUACACAAGGGAAAGGUUUUAAAAUAACUUAUCAAAACUUUCUUUAUUUUUUUAUCUAAAGAAUGCAUUUUAAUAGGGGUAUGUAAACUUUUGAGAGCCACUGUGUAUUACCAGGUUGGGGAAAAGUCCACUGAGCCGUCAUUUUUAAACUUUGAGGUGACAGAAAGCACAGAAAACGAGACCUUAAGAGAACACUAGCGCACAGACGAAGUACGCCACAGUUCACCACAAUCCAUUACAGUGACUUUCUGUCGGUGGAACCAAAAACUUUGAAAGGAUAUUUUAUUUUUAAAGUUAUCAUGGCACAUGUACAAUGUUUAGCUUUAACAGGAAAAGAGUGGAUUUUGUUUUGAACAAUUGUGUGGUUAAAAUGUUUAAACUAAACCUUCCUCUUUCUCAGUAGUGGUUGCAUCUGCAUGUCGUCUACUUCCUUUGACCAGAUGAUGGGACAGUGACUGAGCAGUUGCAAAAAAAAAAAAAAUACUUUGGUUAUUAAUUUGUACGUAUAAAUAUAGCAAGUAUUGUGAAUGUUGUAAAGAUACAUUCAGAUGGAGACGUGUUUCUGAUACUGAGGACUUGGAUGAGUUUGGAUAUUAGUUUAGGAGACGGUGCUUUUAUUGUACUUGCAGAACAACUUACUGCCUGACUGCUGAAGCGUUUUGGAAAUGUUGAUCGUGUCCAGAUACGCGGCUGUUAUCUGUAAAUGGUAAUCGUCUUGUGUAACAUGAUCCAGUUGUGCAUCGUCCAAAACAAAAUAAAGUCGGUGUCAAUAAAUAAAAUGGUUUUAUUGAUAGCAACUAA